AUGCGACCUUCUCCGGACAUUUGUGCCAAACCUCCCCCCGGUUCCCCAUCUCUUGACUCCUUUGAUCCCCGCACCCCCGCGACCUUCUUUCUGUCCCGCAAUCCUUCAUCUGACCCGCCCAGUCCUGCUUCGGAGGAUGAACUCCCCGCCGAGACCAUGUAUGGAGUGCACAGUCUUGACGAGAGCUUGUCCCAGUUAGCAACCUCUCCUCCUCCGCCCGAGCAUAGUCUCCACUACGAUCUGGGGUCCCCGAUCGCCCGUCGACGGUCGACCCUCAAACCACGAGAAUCACCCAUGUCCGCUGCCUCCCGUCCACUCACUCCGCUCAACCUGAGCACCCCCGAUGAGCCCUCGCUACCCAGUAGCCCCAAAUCCAUAUCCAAUCACUCGCUCCGUCCGCUGGAUGACAUCUCCAUCACCGAUGAGAUUAACAGCCAGCCUGUUGGGUCGGGGGACGAAGAGGAAGGGCCCCGCACAUCACCGCGACUAGGGCCUGGUGGGGCGUCUCAGUUGAUCAUGCCUAGUAUCAGAAUGCCUAGUCGGCGACCUUUCACCGAGCGCGGCAAAGCAAUGGGCCGCUUCAAGGUACUUCUAGCGGGAGCUCCGGGAGCGGGGAAAACCUCCUUGAUAAAAUCCAUUGUUCAGGCCUGCGAAGACAUCGUGCAUGUCGAUUCACUUCCACCAGUAACCGCGAUCGAGCGCCGGCCCUCGCGAUCCCAGCCGGGGCCCAUCGCCACGCAUGGAACACUCUCUGCGAUUUCCGAAAUUUAUGCCAGCACCAAGCCUUAUCCUUCCUGGUGGUCGGACCUAGAGGAUUCGCGGGUGUUGCGACGCCGAAAAAGCAUCGGGGAAAUCGUGCUUGAGCGGAAUCUCUGUUUUGUCGACACACGAGCCACCUCGCUGAGCCGAGCAGGACAAACCGACGCCGUUGUGCAGUAUAUGCGCCAGCAAUUACUCCGCGCGACAGCUGCUCUGAGCAGUUCUGGUGUAUAUUUUCAAAACUUACUGGCAGGCAAUGGAGGCUCCCAAGUAGAUGCCAUCAUAUACCUGAUUUCCAGUGAUACCCUCGCCGCUGACGUGGAAUGCAUUCGCAAGCUCUGUGAGCUGACCAAUGUCAUUCCUGUCGUGUCCAAAUCAGACACUUUGUCCCCCGAGCAAAUUACUGUACUCAAGGAUCAAUUCCACCAGCAAGCUCGCGAUGCUGGAAUCAAGCCGUUUUUGUUUGGUGACCCAGGUCCAGGCGGAUCAGAACCUCAGCCUCCCUACGCGGUAUCGUCAGAGAAAACCACCGACCUAGAAGUCAUGGAUGCUAGCACCCUGAUGAGCCCGGACUACGUACAGCCGUUAGUCUUGUCUGAAAUGGACACACUGGUGCGGAAGAUGUUCGACCGGGAUAAUUUGGCCUGGAUGCGCCACUCUGCCGCUAAGAAACUAGCGCAGCACCGUGAUGGUUUUCCGUCUGUCCCGCCGACGACAGCGCCGCUGCUCAAUGCUCUUUCGGGCCCUAGCAGUAGCGAAGUUGGAUGGCGUGUGGCCUCGGGUGCUUCCAUGGGAUAUUCCAUCUUUUCCUCUGGUGGGUCGCCACCGAGCUAUGCGAUGGCACGCCUCACAGAUACCACACAACAUGAGGAGCGAUUGGCCCAGGUUGGGCUAGCCCAGUGGGCUACGAAUCUUCAGCGUAGCUUGCAGAAUGAACGUGAUCGCUACGCCGCGCUCGCCCGGGGCGAUCGCGCUGUAUGGUUGACGGAGCGGCUGAGUGAGUGUGUCGUCGAUGGCUCGCUGGUGCCUCUGGCCCAGACACCCGGAUUUCGUGGUCUGCACAUCCCCUCAAGCGAGAAGAAUGCGGACGGUGUCCGAGUCGUUCGAUCACGGUCCGGUGAGGGAGCAACAGAAUACCGGAUUGCCAGUCUGGGACCGCACGACCCCCUGGGGGUAGUCGGUUGGAUUGACGACCUCGGCCGUCGUGGCUGGGUGCUCGUUCAGAUCGUCGGCAGCGUCGGGGUGGUCGGUGGGCUGGCACUCUGGCUCGCUCGCACCUGCGGACUACCGAUUCGAAGCCUGGCGGAGUUGAAUCUGGACUAUUGGUGCGGGAGUGUGGAUCGCUAA